CCGAGCAAAAUUCCUCCCGCAAACUCGCGAGAUAUUAUUAUUUUUUUAUUUUUUUAUUUUUUUGAGAAAUGGCAACCUCGAAAACUUUUGUUUUUCUCGCGACGUACACCAUCCUUUUACUGGCCGCAACUGUCAGUUCAAACAUUUUCAAUACAAACUCCAAGGAGGCCGACACAUCGAACCACCUGAUCGUUGGACACAGAGAGUCACUUGAUACUCUCGCCCACCAAGAAAACGUGUCCGAAUGGGCAAGUCUGAUUGGCCGCAUCGUCGAGAAGACCCGCACUUUCAACAUCACCAACGACUACGUGAUCACGCAAAUACGUGCCCUGGACCGGGCCACCGACGGUACCGGAGCCAAUGCUGUUCUCGUUGCUGGCGGUCCGGGAAGUAAUUUUGCCACUUUGGAAUUUGAGAGCCAAAGAUUUCAUGGUAUCUAUUUCACCGUUCAAUUGUACGCCAAGUACGCCGCGUACGGACGUAGAUGACGAUUUUUUAUUUUGCAAUAACCCGCCAAAGCUCUUACGUACUUAGAGUUUGAUGUAAAUAGAAAAAUGUAAAAUAAAUUAUUUUUGAUUGGCAA